GUCAGGUCCGCACGCGCCCCAUUCGCCAGAGGAUCGUCUGUGAAUCGCACCGAUAUCAUUUUUCAAAAAAAAAAACCCUCCCCCAAAAACGACUCACGGUUUCGGAGCGGACAGUUAGAAAAAAAAAAUUUUUAAAAAGAGGAUAGUCUGCCGACGGCCAAAGUGGAGGUUUUGACGGUCCGUCGACGCCCGCGAAACGUGCUUUCGUUGAAGAAAGAAAAAUAAUUGUCAUGGUCUUUUUAUAAAGCGUUUAAAAUUAUGGAGGAUGUGCUACCGGUCAAAACAAACGACAAGAAUUGGUUCUUUGGACGCUUUAUUGCCAUACAAUACUAGCCGCUGAUAAGACCACGAAAAAGAUCAAAUUCAUUUUGGAGCACAAAGUAUACAUUGUAUUAUAGGACCGUGUUCAGCGACCGUACAGUAAAAAAACCAUGCAGUGGCCUUUUCCAGAAAGAUAUGGCUACGAAGGAUCGUUGACGGCUGCCAACGGGAGUAGAUCCUCUAACAAAUACAUGGCGGCAGCAGCAACCCUUCAGCCCAAGCAGUGGUCUACGUCCUAUACAAAUCAGCAUCACAUUCAUUCUAGCCAUAGCGAACAAAAUGUGUACAGGACGGAUUUUCGAUCAAAAACUAUGCCUAGAAGAACAAUGAACGACGACGACAUCGUCAAAGAGCAAGGCCAGUGGGAGAUCGUAGAGUACGACUCGAGUCAUCCCCAUCCGCACCAGCAAAGUAGUCAGGAACAACCGCAAUACUCGAAGCGACAUCAGCAACAGCAUCAGCAGCAGCAGCAACUGCAUCAACAGCAACUACAGCAGGAACAACCGGCCAGAGGACCUAGUAGGCCGGACACUGGACAGGAGUACACUGACCCGUACAAAUGGAAAAAACGGUUUCUGUACAUCUUCCUAUUCACCCUGAUGACCAUCAUUGUCGUCAACCUGACUCUGACGUUGUGGUUCCUCAGAGUGAUGCAGUUCACGUCGGACGGCAUGGGUACCAUUAAAGUAGUGAACGGCGGUAUUCGGCUGUCCGGUCAUAGUGUUGUGCUCGACAGACUGAUAGCGUCGACGAUCCGAUCCCGGGUUGGAUAUCCGAUUUCCAUAGAAUCCGCGGCCAACAUUUCCAUAUUUGCCAGGAACUCACAAGGCAGACUCGUCAAUAGCCUGAAACUAACCAAAGACAAGUUGGAAUGCGCUGCUACCAGUUUCAAAGUGACGGAUACCCGAGGGGAAAUCUUGUUCUCGGCCGACCGUAGCAAAGUCAUUGUUGGUGCUCAAGAACUCAAAGUUACAGGCUUAGGCGGUGCUGUAUUCGACGGCAGCGUACAGACGCCUAUGGUCAGAGCGGAUUCUAGACAUGACUUGAGACUCGAAUCGGCUUCGCGAAAAAUCGAGCUGUCCGGCCCGCAAGGCGUUACGAUUGAAUCCAGAGCAGGUGACAUCACCGCGUCUUGUCUGAUGGAUCUGAAACUCCAAUCUAUAUCUGGCGCUAUCCAAAUCGACGCGGCCAAAGUGUUUUUCAAAGGACUCAAGACGUUCUCGACCGAUCCGCAGAAGGACGGCAAGCCGAACUUAGGACCCACAGCAUCGCGGGACAAGUUACCCAGCGUUUAUCAGCUGUGCGUUUGUGGUAACGGCAAAGUGUUUAUGUCACCGCCGGACGGUCAAUGUGCGGCCGACAACGAGAGUUUGGUCUGCCGGUGAAAAAAAAACCCACCACAAACUUACCACAUCAAUCGUGCCGGGUUUUACUUUUGUUUUAAUUUUUUUUUUUUAGAAAAUAUUGUUAUUAUUAUUAUGCCAUGUAUACCUACGCUUAAACCGUAUUUUUUUUGUUUUCUUUUAAAGUGUUAAUAACCACACAGCUACACGAGCAAACUGUAAUAUUCACUUUAGAGUAAAAGCGCUCAUCGGAGGUUUAACGAUGCACGUUCCAAGUGAACGUGUGAGGUGGACAGGAUAAAAUGUCAAUUGAAAAUCAAACUUGGCUACAAACUUAGAUCAAGGUUUUUUUUUGUUUACACUGAUGGGCGUCGUUGCUUUAGGAGAUAUAUCCCUCUCGUUCAACCGAUUAUCAGCUGCAGAUCAGUGAAAUCAAUCAAAUUUGUUUAUUAUGUGCUAGAUGAUCUGGCUUGUAUUUGCCUGGUUGGGCACUACCGGUCCCAUUACUGUUAAUCAAUAUUAUAAUUAUUUAGACAAUUACCUAUUAUUAUUAUUAUUACUAUUACCUAUUAUAAUAAUUAUUAUGAUUAUAAUUAUUUUACUAUUAUUACUAUAAUUACCGAAUAAAAUAUGUUGUAAACGA